UGCGCGGGGCCGGCGGAACCGGGCUGUGGCUGGCCAGGGACUUGAGGAAACUUGUGGUGGGGGAGGAGAGAGCGAGCGAGCCUGUGCUGGGGGCGCGCUGCGGUCUUCCCUGCUGCUGCUGGGAGGAGGGGGGGGGAGGAGGAAGGCUCGGGCUCCGCUGAGGACAAGCAGCAGCUGCAGCCAGAAAAGAAGAGGCAGGAGAGAGGCAUUUGGAGCCCCCUAAAGUGCCCCCCGCCCCUGCACUGCAGGCGACAUUUCCAGCUUCAUGGGCAAAGUGUGGAAACAGCAGAUGUACCCCCAGUACACCACCUACUACUACCCCCAGUAUCUGCAGGCGAAGCCGUCCAUUGUACCAUCCCACCCAAUGGCUCCUCCUAGUCCCAGCACCAUCAGCAGUAAUAACAACAGCAGUAGCAGCAGCAACUCAGGUUGGGAUCAAUUAAGUAAAACAAACCUUUACAUAAGAGGACUGCCUCCAAACACCACUGACCAGGACCUGGUAAAACUAUGCCAACCAUAUGGGAAAAUUGUUUCCACAAAGGCUAUUUUGGAUAAGACGACAAACAAAUGCAAAGGCUAUGGUUUUGUAGAUUUUGACAGCCCAGCAGCUGCUCAGAAGGCUGUUUCCGCUCUGAAGGCUAGUGGAGUCCAAGCACAGAUGGCAAAGCAACAAGAACAAGAUCCAACUAACUUAUAUAUUUCCAAUUUGCCGCUGUCAAUGGACGAGCAGGAGCUUGAGAAUAUGCUUAAGCCAUUUGGGCAAGUUAUCUCUACAAGGAUACUUCGUGAUUCCAAUGGCACAAGUCGUGGUGUUGGCUUUGCAAGGAUGGAAUCAACAGAAAAAUGUGAAGCAGUGAUUGCUCAUUUUAAUGGCAAAUUCAUUAAGACACCACCGGGAGUUUCUGCUCCUGCAGAACCUUUAUUGUGCAAAUUUGCAGAUGGAGGACAGAAAAAGAGACAGAAUCAGAACAAAUAUAUACAGAACGGGAGAGCGUGGCAUAGAGAAGGCGAGGUGAGACUUGCUGGAAUGACACUUACUUACGAUCCAACUACAGCUGCUUUACAAAAUGGAUUUUAUCCUUCACCAUACAGUAUUGCAACAAACAGGAUGAUCACUCAAACAUCUAUUACGCCAUAUAUUGCUUCUCCAGUUUCUACGUACCAGGUUCAGAGUCCUUCUUGGAUGCAACCUCAACCAUAUAUAAUGCAGCACCCUGGUGCUGUAUUGACUCCCUCCAUGGACCACACCAUGUCACUACAGCCUGCAUCAAUGAUAAACCCUCUGACACAACAGAUGAGUCACCUUUCAUUAGGCAGUACUGGAACAUACAUGCCAGCCACAACAGCUAUGCAAGGAGCCUACAUACCCCAGUAUACACAUGUUCAGACAGCAGCUGUUCCUGUUGAGGAAGCUAGUGGUCAACAGCAGGUUACAGUAGAGACGUCCAGUGACCAUUCUCCAUAUACGUAUCAGCAAAACAAAUAACUGAGAUAACCAGUGUUGAUCUUGCCUGGAGAAGGGUGCAAAGGCUGAAACAAUCAUGGAUUUUACUGAUCAAUUGUGCUUUAGGAAUUAUUGACAGUUUUGCACAGGUUCUUGAAAACAUUAUUUAUAAUGAAAUCAACUAAAACUAUUUUUGCUAUAAGUUCUAUAAGGUGCAUAAAAAUCCUUAAAUUCAUCUAGUAGCUGUUCCCGUGAACAGGUUUAUUUUAGUAAGAAAAUUUUUAUCAAGUGUUAUGACACAAUUUUUUUUUCAAAUUUCUGGGUAUGCACAGAUGACCACGAAGACUUAUUCACGUGCAUGGCAGAAUUUGUAUUUUGGGUUUCUUUUGUUUUGUUUUGUUUCUUUUGUUUUGUUUUUUUAUUGUAUGAAAUGGGUUUUCUGACGUUUAAAAUAGUAAAACAUCUAAAAUGAUGAUCUGUGCUUGCAGUGUGUGAGUGUUGCUACAGUGCAGUGUUGCAGUUAGUGUCUGUUCUCUUAGCUUUCUGUUUUUCUUUUAACGUAGUGUGAAGUGUCUUAUCCUUUUCUAUAAAUUCCAAUUUGCCUUAAAUCUUUCAUGCUGUAGCUGUUUCAGUAAGUAGUCCAAACUAAUGGUGUAGAAUGCUUUGACCAAAUGAGCUGGUCUAUUAUGCCUUGUAAAACAGCAGCAUAGGGCUUUUAAAAGGUAGUCAGUAAAAAUUGCUGAAAAUUUGGCUUUUUUUAAUGUGUAGUAGGUGUUUUUAAUGAUUUUUUCACAUAAUAUGUAAGGUAGUGAAAUGCAAGAGGGGAAAAAUGUUUUGUGUGAAACACAUUUUCUGACUGGGGAAAUUUUAAUAGGAUAAAUUGUUUGUAAGGCCAUAUGCCAAUAGUUUCCUCUGAUAGUUUGAAUGAUUUAGGAACUCUGCUGUAUGAUGCAAUGUAAAAUCUUUUUUUGCCUUUUUUCAGAAACUAACUUGAUGUUCUAGUUUUAGUGUAGGUAGAGGGGGGAGUUUGGGGUGGGAAUAUCACAGAAUGUUUUUGUCCUUCCUUUAUACUAAUGAUAGUGCUUUAGAAUGAUGAUUGUGCUGAGACCUAGCAAACAGAAAAUUUGCUAUUACAGCAAAUGGCAAAAGCUAAGGACUUGUUUGCAAACAUAAGCUGAGAUGUAAGUAGACGCAUAAUUGAUUGGGUACUAGCUCUCUAUAGUAGGUAAAUAAAAAUAAAAAGACUUGGCACUUUUAAAGGUAACUUUACCAAAGAACAAAGAGCCAGUAACCAAUAAUUCUGAUUUGUCUCAGCAUUACGUCUUCUGUACUCUUUAUUUUUGCCGGACCAGUUUGCGGUUAGGAGAAUGUGCCUUUUUUUGUACAUUUGCAUUUAGGUUUUAUAAUUUUAAUUGAUGUAUGGACACAAAAAAGCAUGAAGGAAGAUUUGGAUCCAAGCAGUGCCACGCUUUACAUCAUCACUACAAGUGUUAAGUGUAAAGAAAACCAAUUUUGAAACUAUGAAAUUCCUGAUUAAUAAAUACACAGUUAUUUGUA